GUUUUACAUAUAAACAAAUUUUGUGACCCGCUUCAUUCUCUUCAGGUUCUCCCAAAAAUGAUUGGAGUUUUUCGAUAAGGUUCGCCCGCCUCUCACUUUGUUUCGUUAAAUUUUUUUACGACGUCCUAACUCUUAGUUUAUCCUCUUUCCCGCAUACAUACUGCUAGUUUUUCUAGUGGACCCACACCUAACCUAACCUAACACACUGAAAAUCGUUCGACAAGAAUUAAUGUUAGUCGUCCCUUGCAUGAAAUUGCAAUUGCCGUGAGCUGACCAAUAUCAAACCCAAGCAAAAAAAUGUUAGCUCGUUCUGCUUUGCGCGAUGUGGUUUUGGUGAAACAGGGAGAACGAGACGACGAAGACCCCCAGCACGUCUUGGACAAGCCUAAUAUUAAGCUCAACAUAUUUCAUUUCCACGCGCUAUUUCUCGCGGUUCCCUACUUAGGAUUCCGAAGAAAUGAACCCUAGAAAUGAACUGCUUUGAGCUCUAAUAAUAAGAGAGACGUUGAUCGGAGACCAAGGAACGCGCUUUCAUCUUUGUUAAAGGGAAAGAUGAAGGAUAAGGAGAUGAAGGAAAAAGGAGUAGUAGAAGGGGAUGAAGACGAAGAUGAUGAUGAUAAAGAAGAUGAUGAUGGAGAGGGGGAUGGGAUGAAGAAGACGAAAAGUGGAGGUGUGAACAAGGAGAAGGAAGAGGGGAAGACCAGCAAUACAAAGAAGAUAGACCGCGAGACAGCGACUCCGUUUUUAUUACGAGUCUUCUUUCAAAAAGGAAGACACUACAACAUCGAGCAUUUUCGUCGGGACAACACGCCGGAGAGUGAGGUAUUUCUUAUUUCUUGUCUCAGCAGGUAUAGAUACGAGAAUCACCGCUGGGGCAUCGGAAUCACGCCGCCAGUUGACUCCCCCGGUGCCCUUCGGCCUGAGCGGCCAGGAUAUCGACUUGCCUACUUCGUGCUGAGUUAGGUGAAACGAUGAGGAAGGCAGCGCGGGGCAGCUUUGGGCAGCAAACGCGCCACCCUCGCAACAGCCGCCGGCUAGAUGGACGCGGAGGCCGGCCUCGGUCGCAGUCCGCGCCACUUGGCCAGAGGAGGCAGAAGCGGCGGACCUGUUGGCGCACUGGUAGGAAGGAGAGGCGCCAAAGCGCUCGGCCCCACAAGCUGGCAGAACCAUGCAGCAGCGGCCCCGCUGCCGCCUUGUCGCAGGCUGAGGAUGAACGGAGAGCACCGGCGUGAGCUUUGUGCUGAAGGUGUGCAAAUAGGCGGCAGGAGCGUAGAAGACUCGCGCAUCAUGAUCGCCAACGCCCUCGCGGCUUGUCUCAACGACUGACACAGCGGGCCAGACCCCGCGCCGCUGCAAAGGUGAGGAAAAAGGCGCGCCUGGCGGGGCCUCCUCGCCUGAAAAGUGUGAGGCUUGGCGCAAGCAUCAUCUAAAGGACUGGCCAUGGCAGGCACGUCGUCGCCGUGGCCGUCUUUUUUUUUUCCUCGGGUGAACGUGAUUCAGGCAAGGGACCGGCGCGGGCUUCUUUAAACUCGCGACCAUGAGGCGCCGGCGCGUACGGAGACGACGCAAGCAGCUGCAGAGCGCGCAGGAGGAGUCCGCGAGAAGCUCCGCGACAUGGAGGCGGAGACCAUUGCCCACACGAACGUCGGGGAAUGGGAGGAGGCCGGGGGCUUCUGGGGGGGCCAUGCGGAGCAAUGUGCGGAGCCGGCCAAGCGGCGGGGGCAGGUGCUUGCCUAAGACAACAGGCGCCAGGCGCCUGAUGGUGAUGGACAUGGGGGUGGAAGCGGCUGCAACAAAGAAGGCGCGCACUACGUGCGCGGCUUCGUUCGACGGAGCUGGUGGCGCACAAGCAGCCACCUUGAGCGACGAGACCCCGGGUUUCCUUGCUCAUGAGCGGAAUCCGGGCAAGCAUUUCUAUGGAGGCUUUCUUGUGAUCGUGCGCAGCUUUCAGCGUGCGGCUUCGAUUGCGGGGGGAGUGCGGCCGCGCCGUGGCCAGCAUAUGCACAAGGGGGGCCUUCGCAGCGGUUCAGACGGGGGGGCGGGGGCUCCUGAGUUUGUGAAGCUUCCAGUCGCCCCCAGGAGGUAGCCCGCCACGAUAGGCUGCGCCCUCGUUUUUGGAUAUUAGUGCACGAAGCAAAGGAAGCAGCGAGAGGCCUGAAAACUAUCGCAAAGGAGGGCGGAAAAAGAACGCAGCCCCCUGGGAGGCGGCGGCAGCAAGCUCCGCCUGGGGUGGCGCAGGAGAAGGAGGGGACAGCGGUGCCAAAAGGCCGCGCCUGAUUGAACCGGGCGCCAGCGUGGAGAGAUUGAUGCCACGCGCGGGCGCGGGGCUGGUCUGGCGAGUCAGCUUGGGGCGUGAUGCUUCACCAAGACCCAGAAGGCGCGCGCUCGCUUAUUGGGUCGCUGGUGGUGAUGUUUGUUAGAAGGCCUCGCCCCUCGGGUUGUGCGCUUUCUAUGAUAGAUGAAGCGGGCGGCAAUUGAUUCCGACCGCCGCUGCGUGGCGCCUGGCGCGGCUUGUCUUUUUUCGUGUUUCGUGGCCGUCGCUCGCUCUGUGAGUGUGACGGCCUGUCUGCUUUGUUUUUCUCUGGUUGUAGCUUGUUUGGAUUCAUUUUGUUCGCUGAGCAGCGCUCCGCGAUGCGUGUGCUUGCAUUUACUCAUUAAUUUACAGGUGAGUAGAAGUAAGAGCGUCUAUUUUUGUUUUCUGUCAUUCUAGCAAUUAUUCAUCUUUUUUUCUGUCAUUCUAGCAAUUAUUCAUCUUCUUUUCUGUUAUUCUAGCAAUUCACUGAUCUGGGUAUCCUACCAUACCAUUGACUUGAGAGUUGAGACAGCUUGCUGCAUUACUAUUUCAAAUUCAAUACAAAUAUAUCCAGUGCCAGCUGUACACAUGGAUGGAUGUCACGUUGCGGGAAAUAUGCGACCUACUAAAGGAUGAGCUCCCCUUCAUCCGAGAAACCGACUAUAAUUUGGCGUUUCGGUUGAUUUAUCCAGGUACUGAAAUUGACUUUCGUUCUGGGCUUCUGUAUACCCCUAGACUGGGUACUCUACUACUACUACUACGACUACUACUACUCCUACUACUGCUGCUGCAGAGCGAGCAAGAUUUGCAUCGAGUUCGCGGCUUGUUUUGCAUGAACAAGAUGUGACUCGUUUAUCGAUAACGACAGGCUAGAAGUAAAGACGAGUAAAAUAACUUUGACAACCUGCUUUCUCCACUUCAAGUUCUACGGACACACACUUAUCACACAGGUGCCGAUGGUCGCAGCGUCACAACAGAUAUAGGCGAAGUUCAUAGUCGAUUCAAGCGAGCAACGGAUUACCGGCCUCUUUUCCUCGCCGAAAAGCCGAUAACGUUCGAGAUUGGGGAUAUGCUGUCCCUAUCCAUAGUAGAAGAGGAUCAUCAGACGUGGAUCGCAAGACACACACCCGGCGGAAAGCGAGGUGGAGACUUUCAUGGUAGGAAUAAAGGAGGCAAGAGCGGUCAUGGAGGCCACGAUGACAGAGGAGGCUUUAUUGCUGGAAGAGGUGGCCUGAAAGGAAUGCUUUCUGAUCAGCACAAGGGGAAAGUUAUGAUUUUGAUGGUGGUAAAGCUAAAGUGUUUGUGUCUCUUGUAAAGAAAAGGAGUGAAGAAAGCUGUUGAAGUUCUGAUGUAUUUUUAAGUGGGACUAGGUGUUGAUGCAGGAACGAAAAUUAUUGAAAUCGAAAGCAAAUCAACCUUAUGUUACAACACAUCCGUACUUUUUUUUGCCUACUACUGGCUUCUAAUGCACGCGGAGGAGGCAAAGGCAAAGGAAAGAAAGGGUACGGGAAAGACGACAGGCAUGGACCCUACGAGAGGCGAGGCAGGCCAGAAAUUCAAAAGAAGUUUGAACUUGUGUAGGAGCUGUCUGAACAAUCCGCGAUACUGAACAUCAAUGAGUACGCGCUAGUACAUUCUUGUUGGAUUUUGAAUUUUCCCUUUUGAAGAUUUUUGUUCCUCAUUCCCAGCACCUUCCCCGAGAAUGUAUUUUAUGUCCAAGACAUCGAUCAGGACCACGACGACGACCGCACAAAUACUCUAUCAGACCGUACCUGUGCCU